AUGUCUAGCUCUACCAUGUCAAACUACACUUUCACGCUCGACCUACAAACAAUACUGAAGAAGCUACCGGCCUGCCAACGGUGCCGCAAGAACAAAAAGCGAUGUGAUCUCCUACUGCCUGCGUGCUCCAAUUGCACCAGAGCAGAAGAAGAAUGCGUUUUUAUAGAUCAUAUCACGAACGAACGCCUUCCGCGAAAGUACAUUGCUUCUUUAGUUGGCCACAUCAGAGACCUGAAGGCCGAAACUUCCACAAACGCCCUCGAAGGUGCAGACGGGGUCGCCCUUGGACAUUUCGUGCCAGCAAGAAACACGAUGAGAUACCUAGGUGGCCGAGCCCCUCUUGCCGUACAUGCUGAGGUUCAAGAGCUCAACACCGACUGGCAAACCACUGUCAACUUCUCAAAUGGCUGGUCCAUAAGCCCAGAAAUGCACACAUUUAUGAUAGAGAGGUAUUUCCAGAUCAUCCACAAGACGUAUCCUGUUUUCGACUGGCCUUCGGACUUCCUCAGAUCCACAUUACCCACCGACGGCAGCAAUGAUUUUCUUUGUUAUAUUCGGGCCAUGGUAUACUCUAUUGCGUGCCAUGCCAUUGCCUCCCCAGAAAUGACCCCAGCUUCAUUAUCCUUUCUGGCGAACUAUACCGGCAGGCAAUAG